AUGCAGCGCCCCUACACCCGCCCAAUCAUCCAUCUUCGGUCCCUGCUGGCCUUGCUCGGUGUUCCCUACUUUUGCAGUGUUGACCACACGGAUCUCGCACCUCCCAUCUCCUCAGUGCUGUCCGAUCUCACUUGUACUUCUCCGGACCUGCUCCACCAAGAUAAGACUCUGGCUUCUAGCCAAAUUGGUCCUUCCGCCAGAGACGGAACAACGCAAAAUAUCACCCUCGAGCCAGGAUACUCUGCAUCCUCCGACCGACACCGGUGUUACCCUUACGAAUCAAAUGGAACGCAGCAAAUACCCCUCAUGACCUCAACGGCGUCGGCUCCGAACUCCCGCGGCUCUGUUGUUGUGGCGCAGAUGCAAUCCUACAAUAUCUUGGCACCUUCCUGA